GGACAGACAACGCAGAGAGCAGGACAAACUACGAGGGCGGGAUGAAGAGGACAUCAUGGAGCCGACCAGACGGGUGCACGAGGAGCCGCGCCGGCGUCAGGAGCAGCAACACAUUCAAGCUCCCUCGCAGCAGCAGCAGCAGCAGCAGCAGCAACAACAACAACAACAACCGCAGCCGCAGCAACAGCAGGAGCCCCCGCCUGCUGCCAUCCAGCAGCCUCCUGCCCCCCCCACCCCGCCUCAGCCCGCUGCACAGAACCCACUCGACCAACAGAGGGAGCUCGCUCGCCGCCGAGAGCAGGAGAGGAGGAGGCGAGAAGCGAUGGCAGCAACAAUUGACAUGAAUUUCCAAAGUGACUUAAUGGCUAUCUUUGAGGAGAACCUGUUCUGAGGAGAUUAGCGACCGAAACGUAACUGCAAAAAAACAAAACAAAACAAAAAACUUGCAUUAUGUAAACUUCCUCGACGGAGAGACGCUUGGCGACCACGCACCCCAGAGGGCCACGGACUGUCUGUAGCCGUGACGACCCUCGGAGCGAGGACUGAGGCUGAGGGCGCCCAGCUCGCUCUGCCCUUGUGGAGCGGACACACAACACAUGGGGGAUCCUAUUGGAUGUCACAUCCUGGGAAUUUGGCAUUGCCUGCCUGAUGUAACAGGAGGAAGAGGACUCCUGUUGGCACAGUUUGCCUUUUUUCACUUACAGCGUGCGUGGGCGCAAUAAAUCGCAGGAGAAGAGACACCCUAAUAAUUAUGAAAUGCUCUGAUAAUGUACUGACAGACUGUGCAGACGUGUUUUUGAAACUGCCAGAUGUCUGAGGUGGUGAAGAAGACUGGUGUUUUAUGUUCUGUUUUGUUUUGAUUGUUGUAAGUGAACAAAUGAAAUGGUCGUCGGGGCAACUUCCAUAUUGUAUAUCGUGUAUAUUUCUCAGCAGAGAAGGUACAGUUUGCCUUACACCUCUUUCCUAAACAGACCAUUAUGUACUGCACACGUUGACAAAACAAUAACAUUUACAACCAGGAGGAGAAGCAGUGCAGACCUUUUUUCAUCAUCUAGUAUCUACUGUAAAGAAGUAUUUUCUUAUACUACAAUAACUGUUUAUUUUCUUUUUCUUCUUUGGGUCUUUGAAUCGUCAUACCUUCACACUCCUACACCUCUGUCUAUGCCAAACUACCCAUUAUCUUUUAUGCUAAAUUACUUGUCCUAAAACACGGUAGGUAGCUAGAGACAAAAAAACCUGAAUAUAUGCAUUAUCAUAGUUCCUGCAAGUAUUUAUCAAAGACGGCAUCAGUUUUCAUCCUGCCUUGUAUUUUUCAUUUAAAGCUACACUUGUUAGCAGUAAAGGGGAAAGGGCCGGACGUUUCUGUGCUUUAGUUGGAAUAUGAUUUCACUAAAAGUUUAGCAACAUCCUUUGUAUUACAUUUGAAGACAUAAUGUUGGAAAUGUUGAUGUCAUUGGCGUGUUUGCAACAGUCACACUACUGGAUCAGUCAAGAAAUGAGAUGAGUAGUCCCUUGCUGUUCUCUCUGUUGGCGUCUCUGAUCUUAGCUAAGGGUUAGGAUCAAAGUGCCGGCAGCAGGAAGGGGACCAUCGGGAAUAAGACACACACACCCCUCUGUAGCUGUUACUUGAAUCUGGUUUAGUAAAAAAAUGACUGGAAGGAGCCCCCAGUUAUUUUUUGCAUCAAACCUCUUCUAAUUCACUGAGGGCACACUGUCAACAGUACGAAAAGAAAAGACAAACAGAAAUUUGAAAAAACUUUAAAAACAGUUUUGAUUUAUAUCUUUGUUCUUGUUCAAUAAUAGUGGAUGUGAGUUAUAAUUCUGUUAUCGGAGACAUUGUUUAGACCAGGGAUGGGUUAAAAAUCUGAAUGCAUCUCGUCCUCUUCACUUGUCUCUUAUGGUGUUUUUCUCCAGUGCCUGUAUUGUAUUGCAAUUCUCGUUGGCUUAUAUUACACUUCGAGGGGUUUAGAAAGGGGGCGGGGCAGGAUUGGGCGGUGUAAUAUUUGAGAUGGGAGGGAGAUUUUUUUGAAAGAGUUUGUGUACAAAAACAAAAACAAAAAAAGGAAAAAAAAUAAAUAAGGAAAAGACAGCGUUUUAUAUUUUACCCGUUGUCAAUAUUCGGGUUUUAAAUCUAGUUUUAGCUGGACUUCUAUGAGUGUACACAUCUGACAACUACUUUCUCAUUUGUUCAAUCAGCGGAUUUUAGAUAGAUAUGUUUCAGCGUUGCCACACUAGCGUUUGAGUCUGGUCUGUGAGUGUGACUGUGUAAAUUUGGACGGCUGUGUGACUGUGUUUUGUUUUUGUUCAAUUUUUUAAAAGUGUGUGCUGCAAGAGGCAUGUUCCCCGAUGUAGAUAAGCAUUCUAUUGAUGAGGAGAAUAAACAGAUAAACUUCAGGAGAACUUGUUUCUAUUCUUAAGUCACCUUUUAAUUUCUAUGAAGUCUACCAUAUAUGAAUAUAGAAUUUUAAUUAUUAGCCUGGUUUUGAAAGGGUAAAAAAAAAAACUUCAUUCCUUUUUUUUUAGCCUUUUUUUCUUUUCACAAUAACUGUUGGACAUAAUGUGCCAUGAGUUCUUCACAGAAUGUGCUGACCCGCAGCUCAGCCCAGAGUUUGCUUUAUUCAGGUAUUUUAUUUUGUGUUACAUUUGUUCUGUUUUGGAGGUUUUGUUCAAACAUUUUCCUCGAUUUCUUUUUUCUCUUUUUUUUUUUGGUAUGUGAGUGGUAUAUCGAGGUCUCUGAUUCAGUCUGUUAUGAUCAUUGAAUAAACUCAUCUCUUUUAUAGAAAAUAAAAAAUAAACUAAAAUCUA